GUUAAUUCAGAAAAUCCCUAUAAUAUAUAAUAUGGAUCCCGAUAAACAUCCAAAUCCGGACGUACCAACGAAUCAAAACCCAAUGAGAAGAAGUCUUUGGAAGGAAAGGGGAAGUCAAAGUAAACUGUCCUCCUUCUCUCUCUCUUUGUCCGUCUCUUUUUAAGAUCAUUGUUGAAUUUUCUAUUUCAGUUUAUUGUUUUGACUGUGAUUAGUUGUGAACACAGGAAAAUUGGGUUUGAAAUUUCUGAGGUUUAGUGGGAAAAAAGCUGUUUUUUGGAAGUCAAGUUGAUUGAAAAAAAGAGAAAAAACUGGGAAUCUUCUAUUGAGUAUUGGAAUGGAGGGGUCUAAUUGGAGUGGAAUUAUUAUGAAGAUUCAUAUGACGGACUCCGACAUGUUCAGGAUUGAGGCGUAGUUGUUGUUGUUGUAUUAUAUGAGGAUUUUUUUAGCUUUGAGAUUAUGGGGUUAUAUGUGAGUUGACUUGUUUUAGGAAAGAUUUAGAUUGGAAAUCAAGUUGAUUGCAAUUUUUUUGAGCUUUUGGAAAUCUUGGUGUUCAUUAAAGACAAAUUAUUGAGUAUCGGAAUGAAACAGGUCCAAUUAGAGAAGAAUGAUUUUUGAGGAUUCAUAUAACUGAACCCGACUUGCUUUGGAUUGAGGCGUAGUUGUUGUUGUUGUUGAUGAUGUAUUACAGAGGAGUUUGAGCUUUGAGAUUAUGGGGUUAUAUGUGAGUUGACUUGUUUAAAUUGUGGUUAAAGAAAGAAGCUUCGGUAUAUAUUAUUGCUUAGUUACAUCUGCAGCGGAGGAAAUUUGAGAUUGAUGGUUAGUCAUUGAAGUUUCAUUGAGUAACAAAUAGAAAAAAUAGUCUUGAAACUUGGAUUCGCGUGAAGUAUGAUCAGGCCGGAGCUGGGAAUUGAAUUGGAAAAGUAAAUUUGCAAAGAAUUUGUAUGAUCAGGUGGGAGUUGCUUUAGUUGAAUUUAUCAAAGGAAAUCAAGAUCUUAACAAAUUUUGUCUGGUUUGUACGCAUACGCUGGGAAUCUAAUAAAGUUGAUCUUCGUUGUCUGCUGGGAUUUCUCCCUUCUAGUUGAGCUUUGCAUUGUGAUUUGGAUUUGAUUCUAAAAAUGGAUGAAGCUCCUUGUAGUGCCAAUGCACUGCCUCCGUUUAUUGCAAAGACAUACGAAAUGGUAGAUGAUCCCUCCACAGAUCCAAUAGUCUCCUGGAGUUCGAAUAAUAAAAGUUUCAUUGUUUGGAAUCCUCCUGAUUUUGCAAGAGAAUUGUUGCCUAGAUACUUCAAACACAAUAACUUUUCCAGCUUUAUCCGACAGCUAAACACUUAUGGAUUCAGGAAAGUAGAUCCUGAACAAUGGGAAUUUGCGAAUGAGGAUUUUAUUAGAGGUGAGCCACAUCUUUUGAAGAAUAUCCAUAGACGGAAACCCGUUCACAGUCAUUCUGUACAGAAUCUUCAUAGCGUUUCAUCUGCAUUGACUGAAUCAGAAAGACAAGGGUAUAAGGAAGAUAUUGAGAAGUUGAAGCAUGAAAACGAAUCGCUUCAUUUAGAAUUACAAGGACAUAAACAGGAUUAUCAAGGACUUGAAAUGCAAAUGCAGGUUUUUACCGAACGUGUCCAACAAGUGAAACACCGACAAAAGAACAUGCUAUCUACUUUAGCUCAAGCCAUAAAUAAACCAGGACUGGGUUUGAGUCUCAUGCCGCAGCUCGAAAUGAAUGAAAGAAAGAGACGGUUGCCGGGAAACAACUUUCUUUAUAAUGAAACUGGCCUUGAAGAUAAUCAAGCGAGUUCUUCUCCUCAAGAUUCGACUAGGGAAAGUAUGGAUGCGACUUCUCAUUUGACUCUCAACAAGGAACUUUUAGAUCAGUUGGAAUCUUCUUUGACCUUCUGGGAGAAUAUACUACAUGACGUUGAUCAAAAUGGGAUGAGACGGAGCUCUUCAGUGGACUUAGAUGCAUCUAUUAGUUGCGCCGACAGCCCUACUAUAUCUUAUUCACAACUAAAUGUCGAUAUUGGGUCUAACAUUUCUGGUAUCGACAUGAAUUCUGAGCCUAACAGAAUCACUGUUCCUGAAGUUGCCCUACAAGAAGAUCAAGUGGUAGUAAUAGGAACUGCUACUAACCGUCCAACAGGAGUAAAUGAUGUAUUCUGGGAACAAUUCCUAACCGAGAACCCUGGUUCGACUGAAUCUGAUGUAAAGCCAGAACGGGAAGAUUUUGAUAGCCAAAAAAGUGAAUCCAAAACAGUUGAGCACGGGAAAUCUUGGUGGAAAAUGAAGAGUGUAAAUAGCCUUACAGAACAGUUGGGACAUCUUACUCCAGCGGAGCGAACGUAAUGUGGUAGGUUAUGUGCUAUUUUGGAUAUAGUAAAUGUUUUCUGAAUGUUUUUUUUGCCUCUGGCUUGUUGUAAAUCUGGAGAAAGUGAUCUAUCAGAGAGUAGAUAGAAUUUUGGUAUAUUAACCUUCUUUUGUUUUUACCCUUGUUGGACAUGGCGUGAUAUAGAGAAUGAUAAAAUUUUGGUAUAUUAACACUAUAUACUUCUGAAUCUUGUGCAAGCUUAAGCGAUUCAUAUUUGGUUU